CAUGAUAUGUUCGGCAAAAUUUUAAAAUAUACGUAUUAGAAUAUCCUAUCUAAAUUUGGAAUACAGUUUGGAGUUUUUCAGGAAUAUACUAUACUAAUUGAUUAAGGGUCGGUAACGCAGUUGACACCUCUGAUAACCACGCAGCCUCGCAUGUUUGCUACCAUUCGUAAAAAAAGUCACUCCUUAAGUGUAACCAACUAAUCAUUAACCGAGCCAUUCAAAUAAGUUGGGGCGUGAACAUCAAAAAUCCUACGGAACCCUAAAACGACCAUCGAAAUCGGGACUCGAAUUUCUUUCGCAACGAAACCCCGCAGAGUGCGAGCUUGCCAUUAUGACGUCACAGUUUAAGUAACGAAUCAGAGUAAACCAAAAGGCAACAAAAACCCAGUAACUGCAAGCGAUGUAAUUCUUUACGGAUUGGGGGGUGUUCGGCGCAGGCCUGAGUGUAUCGACCGCUCGCAGCUCCGGGCAUCAUUUGACUAGUAGUCAUGCGCGCGACAUUACCUUACUGUUCCAUCGACCGUGUGUACUGGGAGUGACGAUGGAGCCUAGGAUCUAGGAUCUAAUACCAGGCAAAAUGUUGUCCAGAUUAGACAGCCAACGGCCAUAGUGAAAUGACAAUACAUAUACUAAAGUGCGGGGAGCGCUCAUGAGACAGUCGUGCCAUCGUCUGCUUGAACACCAGCAGGCAGGCGAGGAGGAGCCGCCGCUUUAUUCGCCCAUUGACCGAAUUUCAGUGGUACCAGAUCAUGUGGCCCGGGAGGCUGACUCCAAGCUGACCAGAUAUGCGACGACGGAAGAAGACGAAGCCACUCUGAGGGAGCUACUACUUAGCCUUCAACGACAGGUCAGCGUGAUGAGCAUGAACCUCUCGCAAAAGCUGGAUGACCUGCAGCGAGGCGACCGCCAGCUGGAGACGACGGUGGCCCUCUGCGAGAUCCGCACCCAGUUGCAGGAGCUCACCAAGAGCGUGGAGUCAUGCCAGAGCGAGGUGUCCGAGGUGAAACGUGACAUGGUUGCCAUCAAGCAAGAACUGGACACCGUGCAACAGGUCAAGGAGGAAAUCGAGGAGCUGCGCGAGUACGUUGACCGGCUGGAGGAACACUCGCAGAGGCGGAAGCUGCGGCUGCUGGAACAGGGUUUGACUUUCUUCCUCUCCUACGCCAUCUUGGCCGCUGUGCUUGGCAUGCUUCAGUUCGGAUACAACACUGGCGUCAUCAAUGCUCCCGGCAGGAAUAUCGAAAACUUCAUGAAAGACGUUUACAAAGAUCGGUACGGGAGAGACAUCACAGAGGAGACGGUCAAGCGGCUUUACUCCAUCGCGGUCAGCAUCUUCGCUAUCGGCGGCAUGCUAGGCGGAUUCUCGGGCGGCAUGAUAGCGAACCGCUUCGGAAGGAAGGGCGGCCUGCUCCUCAACAACAUCCUGGGCAUCAGCGGCGCCAGUCUCAUGGGCUUCACCAAGAUCUCACACUGCUACGAGAUGCUGUUCUUCGGGCGGUUCAUCAUCGGAGUCAACUGUGGACUAAACACUUCCCUUGUGCCAAUGUACAUAUCCGAGAUUGCUCCCCUGAACCUGCGAGGUGGCCUUGGCACCGUGAACCAGCUGGCUGUGACCGUCGGCCUGCUGCUGUCCCAGGUGCUGGGCAUUGAGCAGAUCCUUGGCACGGACGACGGCUGGCCUAUCCUCCUUGGUCUGGCAAUCUGCCCCGCUAUCCUGCAACUGCUACUUCUGCCGGCGUGCCCCGAGUCACCGAGAUACCUGCUCAUCACCAGGCAGUGGGAAGAAGAAGCCCGUCGCGCCCUGAGGCGGUUGCGGGCUAGCAACCAGGUAGAAGAAGACAUCGAAGAAAUGAGAGCGGAAGAGCGGGCGCAACAGGCCGAGGCUUCUAUCUCGAUGCGGGAGCUGCUGUGUUCGCCAACUCUUCGGGCGCCCCUGCUCAUUGGCGUGGUGAUGCAGCUGUCGCAGCAGCUGAGCGGUAUCAACGCGGUAUUUUACUACUCAACAUCGCUGUUCACGUCCUCGGGACUCACGGAAGAGGCGGCCAAGUUCGCCACCAUGGGCAUCGGCGCUAUCAUGGUCGGCAUGACCCUUGUAUCACUGCCACUUAUGGAUCGCACUGGACGAAGGACCCUUCACCUGUACGGGCUCGGCGGCAUGUUCAUCUUUUCAAUCUUCAUCACAAUUUCAUUUUUAAUAAAGGAAAUGAUUGACUGGAUGAGUUACCUGUCCGUGGUCUCCACGCUGAGUUUCGUGGUGUUCUUCGCCGUGGGCCCAGGUUCGAUACCGUGGCUAAUCACGGCGGAGCUGUUCUCGCAGGGGCCGCGGCCGAGCGCCAUGGCCAUCGCUGUGCUGGUCAAUUGGAUGGCCAACUUUGUCGUCGGCAUCGGUUUCCCUAGCAUGAAGGCGCUACUGGAAAACUAUACAUUCCUGCCUUUUAGUGUAUUCCUUGCAAUUUUUUGGAUAUUUACGUAUAAAAAAGUUCCUGAGACGAAAAAUAAGACGUUCGAAGAAAUUUUGGCCCUCUUUAGAAACUCCAACGGGAGUAUCAGAGCAAUCGUCGGGUGCGGGCGACGCGGGCCGCCCGCCUCCGCCCCUCCCGCCGCCCCGCUUCCCGGCCCCAGGCAACGUCUGACAAUGGGAUCCCCCCGCGCGCGCGCCGCUCGUCGCUCCCAUAAAGGCCGCAGCCAACUUCUUGUUUCAUGGACUGAGGCGCAAUGCAGCCCGUGCCCCUAUCACCACACAACAAAUGUUCUAAAUCUAUGUGAUUAGGUAUAAUAGGCUAAGUCACGAGCGUUAGCGUUAGAGAGGGCGGAGAGUUCUGCUGGAGUCGGGGAGUCGUAGAGUCUCACAUGGCGACCUUGUGAGAACGUUUACACACAAAUUUCCUUAGCAUAGUUUUUUUAUUAUCAGCAAAACGAAUAGUGACAAAUGAUAUAAACAUUUGCGUAUUUUUUAUGUUAUUGACAGAAAAAGUGCUAUAUGAUAUUUCUAAUUUACAAAACUAAAAAGCUUUUUUUACAAGUACUUGAAUCUAGCACUCAAUUACAGACUCAACUACCGAUAGGUGGUGGAUAAACGUGAGUAGGCUGUAAUAAAAAACUAAAAUAUAGAUUCUAUUCACACUUGUUUUAAAAAUCAAUGAACAACGCCAUCUAGUGAGAUUUCACGGCAUUUCUUGGACUGUAGCACUAUUAUGACUCUUCGCUCUCUGGUUAGUAUCAUUUUAUGACUCGCAUAGUUAUAAAGAGCCAUGUUGAAUAGUAUCAUGGGAAUUUUAUUGACGGCUCCACGGUGAGCUAAAGACUAGCUUCUGAUAUUUAUAUUAAAGUUAAUAAGGUUAGCACCAAAAUUAUCAUUUGUAACGUAAAUACACUGCUAUUUUUGUUAUACUUUGUUUUGUAAUACAAAAUCAUUGUAAAUUUAGUACUUGUGUUAUUUUGCGUAACAAAACUAGCAGUGUUUAUGUUAUACUUUUAUGUUGCAAUUUUUAAUUUUGGUGGCGUUACCUAUAUAUAAGAGACGAACUCAUUAUAAAAUAGAUUUUUAUUGGAUACACGUAGGGCGCGGUUUUGAUCAGUUAUUAUUGCCGCACGGGUUAUAUGCCAACUAAAUCUAUGUAGAAACAAUAUUGUACCAGGUGCGGAGCUGUGGGGUAACUCACACGUAUAGGAUACGAUGUAAAUAUGCUGUGACGUUGUUAUGUUUUUUUUACAAUACGUAUUUUAUUGUUUUUUGUGUAUUUGUUCUUUUUACUCAUUGUUAUCACUAUAUUAAGUCAUAUCUCGAAAGAAAGUCUAUUAAUGUGUGUGCGUGUUAGCGAGCGGAAUUGACUAUUAUCAGCUACACCCGCUACGCUCUAAGUUCUGUUGGUUCGUAGUAUAGGAUAAUUAUUUUAUUGGUAAUGUAAGUUUAACGAUUUUGUGAAGAUUUUUUAUGUAAAGCUUUUUAAAGUACGCCCCUCGUCGGACACACGUUUAUUUUCAAUCCGCCGCGGCUCCUUUGACUGAAUAUCAGUAGCUUUUUGACUGAACUAUAAUACUCUUAGUAGACCUAGAACUUUUUCUACCUAAAAUGAGAGAAUGACAAUAUUAAUAAUCGACAUCAUUGUUAUCGAUGAGUAAAAGCAAGUCAACGACAAAUAUAU